GUUAUUAUUAAUGUUGGCUGAAUAAGUUGGAGAUUUCGCGUCUUUUUAGUCAAAUCAAUAGAAAGCAAAUUUUGAACAGCUCUUCAAUGAAAUCCACUUUUGUAUUAUAUCAAUUAUAUCAAAGUGCUCAAGUGUUUUCAAGCAUCCAUAUCAAAAUCGAAGAUCAUUGACAACAUUCUUGGAUUUUAACCUAUUUCAUGUCGAUGCAUAUGAUUUAUGAUAAGAAGUCUUUACGUGGAUAGCAAUCCUAAUUAGCAGUCAGAGAGUUGAGCCUUUCGAGUUUAGUUGAUCAAGUGUCUUGUGUCUUCAAUUGCGUCUCACUUUUAACCAGAUUAGAAACCAGAAUUUGUUUCCUUCAAACGUCUAAGAUGGCCAAUGUUAAAUCAAUUGCUGUGAUUGGUGCAGGUGCAAGUGGACUAACGGCAAUCAAACAAUGUGUCGAAAAUGGUUUCAAUGUAACUUGUUUUGAAAGGACAGAGAUUUUUGGUGGACUUUGGAGAUAUCAUGAUGACGAUAUUGAUGGAGUUGCUUCUGUCACUAAAACCACAAUUAUUAACACAUCUAAGGAAUUGUCAGCCUUCUCUGAUUUUCCACCACCAGAUGAUUUUCCAAAUUUCAUGCACAAUCGUUUAAUGUGGAAAUACUUCGAAAUGUACGCUAAGAAAUUUAAUCUUAACGAUUAUAUUAAAUAUAAACAUGAAGUUAAAGCGAUUGCUAAGUCAUCCGACUAUGAAAAGACUGGUCGAUGGUUGGUCAAGUAUGUAGACGAUGAGGACAAUGAGAUAGAGGAGCAAUUUGAUGGAGUAAUGAUUUGCACCGGUCAUCAUGCAACACCACAUGAGCCAAAAUUUCCCGGACAAGAUAAAUUCCAAGGCACAGUAAUCCACAGCCAUUCUUUCAAGAAUGCAGACAAAUAUUUGGAUCAAAAAGUUGUUGUGGUCGGUGUUGGUAAUUCAGGAUUAGAUAUCGCAACUGAAUUGGGACGAAUAGCUUCACAGGUUUACCUUUCAACUCGACGAGGCACUUGGGUUGCCAAUCGGACUUUCUUAAAAGGCCUUCCAUAUGAUUUUUGUAUCAACUCUCGAUUAAUCAACACCAUUGCUGGUUAUUUCUCUCGUCCAUGGAAUUAUCUUAUGGAAACAGUUUUGGACAUUUAUUUUGACCAUGAAGCAUACGGUUUAAAACCUAAACAUCGUCUCUGUGGUCAACAUCCUGCAAUUCAAGAUGAACUGGCCAAUUCAAUAAUGUCUGGACGUAUUUUAGUUCGUAAAAAUAUCAAGUGCUUCACUGAAAAAGGAGUCAUCUUUGAAGGGUCUAAUGAAGAAAUAGCUUGUGACACAGUUAUUUUGGCAACUGGAUAUAAAAUUGGGUUUCCAUUUAUUGAUCCAUCAAUCAUUGAUAUUGUCGAUAAUCGGGUUGAACUGUAUAAAAAUGUUUUCAACCCUCGCCUGGAGCACCCUCAUACUUUAGCUUUCAUUGGGUUGAUUCAACCUUUAGGAGCUAUCUUUCCCAUAUCAGAAAUGCAGAGUCGCUGGUUUGCCGGUUUAAUGAAAGGCCAGUUCAAGCUUCCACCAAAAGAUAAGAUGAUAUCAAUCAUGAAAAUGGAUAAUGAAGCUCGAGACAAACUUUUCUAUGCAAGCCCAAGAAACACAAUUGAGGUUCAUUGGAUACCCUACAUGGACGAAAUCGCUUCUUUCAUCGGCGCUAAACCCAACAUGACUAAACUGGCAUUAACUGAUCCAGUUCUUUGGUACAACUGUCUAUUAAAACCUUGUGUUUCAUACCAAUAUCGUCUCAAUGGUCCAAACCCAUGGGAAGGAGCCAGACAAGCUAUUCUUGAACUGGACAAAAGAUUAUACGCACCUUUAAAGAUUGAAGAUACCGACCAACCAAAUGGAAAAGUGCGAGCUGGUUAAAUUAAAUUAAAUCUUUGUUAUCCGAACCAAUAGCUCAACAAUUAAGGCCUUGCAGUUGAUUUGGUUUUUUGAUACAAGAUGACAACAGUGAUGACUUGUUUGAAAAGCGCGGUUGGCUCUUUGGUUGACUCAGAUUUCAAUGUUUUCAUAAUGUGAUUUUACCAAAGACCAGAACAAUUAUUACAGUAGCUAAUUAAAUGUCACAUUAAAAUUGACUUGCUUUUCUAUGCAAUUAUAA